GUUGGGCCACGCUUGCAGCGUGUUUUUUGCUGGCUAGCGGUGCUGGCACCCAUGACUCCCAUGUUGCCGAAGACGGCAAGAAUGACACCCUUCACUGCGCGGAGGAACACGCAGGCCAUCAUGGCAUCAGCGGCAUUUGGUUCGGGUGUGCUGACGAUUAUGAGUUGGAGUUCUUCGAAGAGGUCACGGUAGUCAUUCUUGUGAGCCUGACCCUGAUGGUGGAAGUGCUGACCCACAAGCUAUAUCAUAUUGCCGAGCACUCUUCGGUCACGGGGCUUACCCAAGAGGAACAUGCAGCUCAUGAUUUAGAGAAGAAGAGCUUGGAGCCAUUGUGGCUUGUGUUCUUCAAUCGCGUCACUGCAGAGUUCACUGUGCUUGGAAUCCUG